GUCUUCUCCCUGUCGCCCACACUCAAGGCCAAGCACAACCCUCCCAAGCCGUCGCCAUGGUUGAGUCGUCAUCAAAGCCCCGCUUCGUGCUGCCCAAGGUCACCGACAACUCGGCCGGAUGGGGCCCUUCUGCCGAGUCGCAGUCUGAGCUGGCCGAUCUGCCCUAUGCGCCCUUCUCCAAGUCGGAUCGCCUCGGCAAGAUCGCCGACUGGGGAGCCCCGGCCCAAGACGGUGUUCUGCUGGAUCGCCGUGGAAACCCCGUCACAGAGGAGCGCUCCAACCGUCGCACUGGCCGCGGCCAGGAGGUCUUUGGUGCCGGACACGCUCCUCUCUUUGCCUAUGCCCACUCGGCCGAGGACGAUGCGGCCUUUGCUGUCGUCGAUCGCUCCACAGGUCUCCGCAAGUCCACUGGCCUGCGAUCAAACCGCGGUGGCCGCGGUGGUGCCGGUCGCGGAUCGAGCUUUGCUUCCAACCGCAACGCCGGCCCGGGCGGCAAGUUCUCACGUGGCCAAGGCCAAACCGGCGGUUUCCAGCGAAAGCGCUAUGGGUUCAACGAUAAGCCUCAGCGUGUCCGCGAGUCAUCCGUCAAGAUCGGCACCGAAUGGACGGUCGUUGAGGAGGUGGAUCUGGCUCGCCUGAGCAAGCUCUCCUACGAGGUGGAUGAAGCCGAGGACAUCUGCUGCUACGGCGCGCUUCACUACUACGACAAGAGCUACGAUCGUGUCACCGUCAAGGCAGACCGAAAGCUUCAUUCGAUCGAUCGCAUCUACCACAAUGUCACCACCAGCGACGACCCCGUCCUGCAAAAGAUCGCCCAAGAAACCGAAGGCUCUGCUGUGUUCGCCACGGACAACAUUCUCUCGGUCCUGAUGUGUGGUCCGCGAUCUGUCUACUCCUGGGACAUGAUCAUUGUCAAGGAGGGUGGCAAGAUCUUCAUGGACAAGCGUGAUGGCGGAUGCUAUGAUAACUUCAGUGUCAACGAAAACGCUGCCGAGCCUCCUCUUGAGAAUGCUGAGAAAGAUAGCCCCAACACUCCCCAGGCCCUCUCCGAAGAGGCCACCCAGAUCUACCACAACUUUGCUCACCAGUGUGUCAAGUCCUCGGAGGCGUUUACUUUCGAGAACGAGAACCCAUUCGCCGAGGCUGGUGACUCGGAUUCGCUGGCUUCCGCCGGCUAUCGCUACCGCAAAUGGGAUCUUGGCGACGACUUUUCUCUGAUUGCACGUACCCAGAUCGAUGCCGUCAUGCACCAGGCUGGCGCCAGCAACUCCAACGCCUCCCAGGUCGAGAUCGGGUCGUCGAGCUAUCCCCAGAACGAGACCAUCUUCGUCAGCCUAAAGUCCCUGAAUGAAUUUGACUCGAAGGCCCCUGGUGCUGGUGGCGCUCCCGACUGGCGACAGAAGCUGGAUUCACAACGCGGUGCCGUCAUUGCAACCGAAAUGAAGAACAACUCGAACAAGCUUGCCAGAUGGGCGGUAGAGAGCGUGCUCUCGGGCGUCGAUCAGGUCCGUGUGGGCUUUGUCUCGCGUGUGAACACCAAGGACAGACGAAGGCACACUAUUCUGGGCACCUCGUUCUUCAAACCGCGUGAGUUUGCUGCCCAGAUGAACUUCUCCAUGUCGAACGCAUGGGGUAUUCUCAAAACGAUUGUCAACCUCAUCGCCAACCUGGAUGAUGGCAAGUACGUGAUUGUCAAGGACGCCAACAAGCCCGUCAUUCGACUGUACUCUGUUCCUCUGGAGACUUUUGAGGAGGUGCCCGAGGAUGCUGAUGCUGAAGCAGAGGCCGAGGAUUUGUAACUUUGUACGUACAUAAAGAUAUUUGUUUCCACUGUUUCUUGUUCUCGUCCCGAAUUUCCACCCCCCGUGUCAUCCAUGCGACGUCCCUGUCGAUGACUGC